UAUGGAAACCCCGGCGAAGCCGAAGUUUCUCUUUCGAUCUCUCCCAAGUCAACUCCAACUCCGCACCGCCUCCUUUAUAAAUACAGCACCAGCAUCCCCUCCUCAUCUCAAAUCUCGCCUUCUCUCUCCCUCUCUCUCUCUCUCUCUCUCUCAAAGCCAAAAAAUAGAAACCUCUGAACUCUUUGUGCGUGUAGAGAGCCAUGGCCGUGAUCUCGGACUACGAGGAGGCCCAUCAUCAGCAAGAGAAGAAGCCUUCAUCUUCCUCCGACGAUGAAGCAUUGGCCUCGAUCAUGGCCAAGAAAGGCGCGCUGCCGUUCCUCGAGGCGGCGAUCGAUCUCGUUCGGAGGAGGUCCGAUCUGUUCGACGAUGAGGCCUCGGUGAAGAAGGUGAUGGCGGCGGUGUCGGCGGCGAAGAAGGCGGCGGAUGCUGAGAAGAGGAAGAAGGAGGAGGCCGAGAGGAGGAAGAAGGAGGAGGAGGAGGAAAAGUCGGCGGCGGCGGAUGAAUUGGAGGUGGAUAAGGAGUUGGAGGAGGAAAAAGAGGCGAAGGAAGGCGAUGGAGAAUCAAAGGGCAGGAAGCCUAACGCUGGAAAUGGUUUGGACAUGGAGAAAUAUUCUUGGACGCAAACACUUCAGGAGGUUACAAUCAACAUUCCAGUCCCUCAAGGAACCAAAUCAAGGUUCGUAGCAUAUGAGUUGAAGAAAAACUAUCUGAAAGUUGGGCUAAAGGGGCAGCCUCCAAUAAUUGAUGGGCAACUUCAUAAAUCAGUCAAGACAGAUGAUUGCUUCUGGAAUAUAGAGGAUGGUGAAGCCAUCUCUAUACUGUUGACAAAGCAAAAUAAAAUGGAAUGGUGGAAGUGCUUGGUGAAUGGUGAUCCUGAAGUUGACACACAGAAAGUUGAACCUGAAACUAGCAAGCUCUCUGAUCUAGAUCCUGAGACCCGGCAAACUGUGGAAAAAAUGAUGUUUGAUCAGCGACAGAAAACGCUGGGCCUUGCAACAAGUGAUGAGAUGCAGAAACAAGAAAUGCUUAAAAAGUUCAUGGCUGAGCAUCCAGAAAUGGACUUGUCCGGGGUGAAGAUGGCAUAGAUAUACAUCGUGGAUUCUGAUCAGAAAUCUUCCUUCCUAUUUCUUCUUCUUCUUUUUCUUCUUCUUCUUCUUUUUUUCGGGUUCCCUGUGCUGAUUGGCUUCUCUUUUUUUGCCCCAAUUUUUGAUUAUGUGAACCUGAAAUAGAUUCUUUGAAGGCUGAUAUUCGUGGAAUAUCAAAUAUUUUGUUAGUGAAUUUUGGUUGUUUGGGAUUGAUAUGCAUGUGUAUGAGGGUGAGGUACAUGAUUUGUGGUUUCAGUUCAUUCGGUGGUGGUUCAUUGACCACUCUUUUCAUAAAAAAAAAGGACUUGGGUUUA